CCUAGGUUAUACACUCGAGGUAAAGCUAAGCAAACCACACCGUCAUUAAAAAUCAAUUGAUCCAUCUACGUAAAAUGGUCAUAGUGCGAAAAUGGGGCGAGGAUCACAUCAACAAAUCCCUGAAGCAAAUUAAUUUAGACACCUGGCUCAUUGAUGGUCUUGUCCUCCAUCGAUCACCCUGUCUCUCCGAUGCGGCCACAUGGAAUGACGAUGUCGAUAAUUCAAGUUACACACUCACAGAAGCAACUACCUCUACGCAUUCUGCCACAACACCACUCGACAGCCCCUAUAUCAAACUAGUUCAUGAAGCUGGCGACGCCUCCGCCGUCUGGUCCAUAGGAAGUAAUGCAAUGUGCAAAGUCAGGUAUAUUGAGAAGGGGGUCACACCUGAAUCAGUCACCCUUAACUUUGUCCGAGAUCAGCAGCCUACCUUCGAGACGCCAAUGGUUAUACACCAUGCCUUUGGCAGCGACCGAUCAUACCUCUUUCUCAAGCGAGUUCCCGGCCAGACGCUGGAUGCUGCUUGGCCACGCCUAAACGAGUACUGGCGACGCCACUACGUGAAAGCCGUGGCAGACAUCUGCAGGGAGAUGGCUGAGUGGAAAGGACUCGAGUUUGGCGGCGUGGACGGGCAAAACGUACCUGAAGCGCACCUCCUGAAGUUCUCCGGCCCCGAGGAUUUCAGCUCGGUGAAUCUACAGGCAGCAUGUGAGGCGAUGGGUAUGGGCUGCACGGAUUUUGUCUUUACUCAUGCUGACCUUGGACCUACCAAUAUCAUCGUGGAGGAGGAGCCGAAGUCGGGAAAGGUUGGCACCAUCGACUUUGAGAUAGCUGGUUACUUCCCUCGGAGCUGGAUUAGGACCAAGUUUCGAAUUUCUGGUGGGAUGGACUUGUCCCCUUUGGCUGAUGAUAACCCGCACUGGUGGAGAUCAGAAGUUCAAAGGGCACUUGGGGCUGAUGGCUUUGACGACGUCGUAGAGGCCUGGGAGGAGUGGCAGCGGGGGUAGGACCAGUCUAAUGGGAGGUUAUUUUGGGAGGUUGUUUCUAAUCUCAUGG